UGUCCCUCCUCUGUAGACCAUGUAACCAAUGCAACGGCGGCGGCUCCGCGCACCAACCUAUUGGGAAUGUACCAGCUCCAUUGCUGCGAGUUACAAUGUGACCGCAGCUCUCACGCUCACGCCUGCCUUGAAAAUGGAAGAUUCGUACCCUAGUUCACGUCUAAUGACUCCAAGAAAACCAGACUGGAAUAAUAGUUCCAGAAAAGUAAAGGACAAUACUGCAGAUUGGCAUAACCUCAUACUGAAAUGGGAAACUUGGAACGAUGCAGGAUUCACAAUUGCAAAUAAAAUUGUUAAUAUCAAACUCCACAGCAAGAGUGGUGAAACCGAACAGGAACAAUCAGAUGGUGAAGAUGAUUUUACUGCUAAGCCUGGAAAAGCUACAGUGGUGUAUAACAAAGAGCUUGAUCAACAUUGCACCGAAUUGCUCAAUUUACAUGACAAAAUGGUCAAACUGGUAUUGAAGAUGGAAAAGCUUUGUACAACCAUGAAAGGAGUAAAUGAUCUUGAUACUUUCCACUAUGGUGAAACAGGAAGACAAAUGCCCCUCUUUCACACGUGGCCCACAAGAUGCUUCUAUGAAAUCUCAGUUGAGUUACUGGAGAUGUACAGAAAGGAACUGCAGCUAAAGAGUUUAAUUGUUCAAGAGAUCGCCCACACUAGAAGCUGUGAUCUUAUGAUGGUGCAGCUGUCAUCCUGGCUCUACCAGCCUUAUAUAGAAGAAAAGGCCAGACUUCUUGUUGAGAGCAUGCUACUGGAAACUGGACACAGGGUUCUGUAACCAACACAAUUGAAGAAAUAUUCACAAAGAAAUUGGUACAGAGACAAAUGACAACUUUUUGUGUGGAGUUUUUCCCUCCAAUGAAACACGCCCAUUCAUUCAUUAAAAUCAGCUUUAGCA